UUGCCCCGACCGUAGGCAGGAGGCGGCAGGCGGGGGAGUUCGGGGGAGGUGGGAGGAGACGUGGGAAGGACUUGGGUUGCCACUACAAAUCUGGUGACAGAGCCGCCGCGGGCACAUGGCGUGCGGACCUUCCCGCCCCGCGCUCGGCAGGUGGGUGCGGGGCAGCGGCCCGGCCCGGGAUGGCCGUCAGUGGUUGCAGAUUGAAGCGUGACGGCCAGAAGAUAGUUUGGAUGAUGCGUUUCGCCGGCGUACCUCUGCAGUUUUAGUUUUAAGGAUGGAUAAGUGUAAGCACAUAGGACGCCUGCGGCUGGCCCAAGAUCACUCCAUACUGAAUCCUCAGAAAUGGCACUGCCUGGACUGCAACACCACGGAGUCAGUGUGGGCCUGCCUCAGCUGCUCCCACGUGGCGUGCGGAAGAUACAUCGAAGAACACGCACUGAAGCACUUUCAGGAGAGCGGUCACCCGGUGGCACUGGAAGUAAACGAGCUGUAUGUUUUCUGUUAUCUCUGUGAUGAUUACGUUCUUAAUGAUAACGCCACGGGUGACUUGAAACUCUUGCGAAGUACACUGAGUGCAAUCAAAAGUCAAAACUAUGAGUGCACAACUCGAAGUGGGCGGACUUUGCGUUCAAUGGGUACGAGUGACGAUUCUUACCUUUCACGUGGCGGUGCCCAGGCCCUGCUUCGGAACGAAGACCGCAUGUUCACAGCUCUCUGGCACCGCCGCCGCGCGUUGCUGGGCAAAAUAUUCAGGUCCUGGCUUGAGUUAACACCUACUGGGAAAAAGAUUUUGGAAGAGGAAAGGCGUCAGGCAGAAGAAGAGGAAAGACGGGACAAAGCUAGAAAAAGAAGACAGGAACGGAAGCGUGAGCUGAAAGCAGAGAUGGAAAAAAUGCCUCCAAGAAAGAGUAGUCGUUUACAAAAUCAGGUUAGAAUGGCCUCAAAAGCAGCACCCUGCCUGCAAAAAACAUCACAGAACAUGGAAUCUGUGGCAGAGUUAAAAGAAACAUAUACCUCAGAUGAAGUAAGAUUAAAAAAAAUAAGUGACUCUCCAAUUAAACGAAGGCCCACAGUGACUCCUGGGGUAACAGGACUGAGGAACCUGGGAAAUACAUGCUAUAUGAAUUCGAUCCUGCAGGUAUUAAGUCACUUACUUAUUUUUCGAGAAUGCUUUUUAAAGCUUGAUCUCAACCAAACUCAGGAACUGUUGGCAACAGCAGCCAACGGUAAAACCAGAUCUUCAUCCAAACACCUGUUAAUAGCUGCCUCAACAUUACAAGUCAAUGAGAACCAAGAGAAAGCAAAGGGAUCAUCUUCCGUCAGGCGGCCUAGCUUAUCCUCUGGAUUAAGUGGAGGAGCAUCAGAAAGCAGAAAUAUGGAACUUAUUCAGCCCAGGGAGCCCAGUUCAAAGCAUAUUUCUCUCUGUCAUGAGCUGCAUACUCUGUUCCAAGUUAUGUGGUCUGGCAAAUGGGCGCUUGUGUCUCCUUUUGCCAUGCUUCAUUCUGUGUGGAGACUAAUUCCAGCCUUCAGGGGAUAUGCCCAACAAGAUGCUCAGGAAUUUCUCUGUGAACUUUUGGAUAAAGUGCAGCAGGAACUGGAGACUACGGGGACCAGAUACCCGGCUCUCAUCCCUGCUUCUCAAAGAAAACUUAUAAAACAGGUUUUGAAUGUGGUUAACAACAUUUUUCAUGGACAGCUAUUAAGUCAGGUUACAUGUCUUGCCUGUGACAAUAAAUCAAAUACCAUAGAACCUUUCUGGGACUUGUCCCUGGAGUUUCCUGAGAGGUAUCACUGCAAUGGGAAGGAGAUGGCGUCUCAGUAUCCAUGUCUGCUGACAGAAAUGCUGGCCAAGUUUACAGAAACAGAAGCUUUGGAAGGGAAGAUUUAUGCAUGUGAUCAGUGCAACACAAAACGAAGGAAGUUUUCUUCUAAACCAGUUAUACUCACAGAAGCUCAGAAGCAGCUUAUGGUGUGUCGGCUACCUCAGGUUCUCAGAUUACACCUUAAACGGUUUAGGUGGUCAGGACGCAAUCAUCGUGAGAAGAUCGGCGUACACGUGAAUUUUGAUCAAGUGCUGAACAUGGAGCCCUACUGCUGCAGGGAAUCCCUCAAGUCUCUCCUACCUGACUGCUUUAUCUAUGACUUGUCUGCUGUGGUAAUGCACCAUGGGAAAGGAUUUGGCUCAGGGCACUACACUGCCUACUGCUACAAUUCAGAAGGAGGAUUUUGGGUACACUGCAAUGAUUCAAAACUCCACAUGUGCACUAUGGAAGAAGUAUGCAAGGCUCAAGCUUACAUUUUGUUUUACAGCCAACGACUUACUCAGGCAAAUGGAUGUGGUAAAAUACCAUGUCCUAGCACAGCUGAAAGGCAGCAGCACACAGAUGUAGCUGAGUGUUCCAUGGACAACAGUAGCAGCUAAUCCAAAGCCAGUUAACUGUGUGUAUGGUGAAAGUUUGUAUUGUUGUAACUAUAUAUUUCUAAAUGAGAUGAAAGUACAGUAUUGUACUUUUUUUUACUUUGAAUCCACGUACAAUGUUUAUAUACUUUUGUAUUAGCUAAAGUACUCUUUACAGUUGUUAGUAAAAGUUUUUAUUGCCAGUAAGUAACUUUCUGAGUACCUAGAAUUUCAAUACAGCUAUUUUUUUAAGAAAAAGAUUUAUUAUUUGCAUUUAAGUCUUACCUCAGGCUGUUUUUUUUAAGCUGGUUUUUGUAUUUUGAUAAUAUUUUUGAAUUGGUUUAGAAAAAUUACUUUCAAUGGGCAACUGAUGUUUCUCUGAUUAUUUCUAUAUAUGCUUGUGUACAUUUUAUAGUAUAGUUCUAAUGAUUCAAUGAUUCUUAUUGUCUGCAGAAGUGCUACUAGGUCGUAGAAUUUUAAUAUUCACCAGCGAGGAAUGUUUUACAUGUCAAACAGUAACUGAACAUUUUGUUAAGAAAUUGUAGAUUCUUCAUGACUACAAUGAAAUUAUUUUGCAGGCUUCAAGGGAACUACACUAAAGAUUUGCUGAUAGAAUUUUUUAAAAUAUGAAACUGAGAAAAUAGAGCAUGUACUUAUUCUCAUACAGCUAUGUAAGAAGAGUGUUGAAUUGCACAAGGAUGUAUAUUUACCAAGACUUCCAUGUUAUAGCCUUAACAAGCCUGACAACUCCAGUGCCAAAUUAAGAGUAUUAACUUGACAACCAGGGGAUUUUUAUUCCACUAGCCUAAAGUUUUCUAGAAACAAGAAACCAAAUUCACCCACCCCACUGUCAUUGCUACAAGAAUGUCAGCAGCCUCUUAUAUUGGACAAGGUGAUUUUUAAAAAUCGUAGCAAGCAUUGUCUCUGCUGAAAAGGAAGCUGUAAAACUUGUAUGGAAGUAUUUUCAAUUUGACUGGUUUCAUUACCUACAACUGCUGUACCAUCUUUCAGGGUCCCAACCCCUAACGUUGUGAUUCUCCACAGUCCUCCCACUCACAUCAACAGAACCACAGACUGAGAAGAAUCUAACAAGCAGGAAUUAUCAGGCUUUCUCCAGAUUCAGUAGUUAAUGCCAAGUAAAUUUUAAUUGUGAAGCUAUUUUGCAUAAGUUCUAUGCAAAUUGUUACCUCAUCUUCUGCAAAGUUUAUACCUCAAUAAAAUGCCUUGAU